AUGACUGGUGGAUUCAACAAUAACGUACCAACAAAGUUCCCGAAGCACUUGGUCCCGAAAGGACCUAACGGACCUGAACUUCUCGAGACGGAACGUGCCAAGGCUUCAUUCAACGUCAAUGCCAUGUCCACGUUUAUGUAUGGCAAAGAGUUCCUUGAAAAAAUGCAAAACGUGGCUCGUGUCCUGGACUCUGAGCCGGCUUUCGAAAAGACCCAACGCUACUAUCAGGGUCGACCUGAAAGAGUCGCCCAUGCCUAUGAAAAAGACAAGCGCAUUGUCGAGCUUACCGAAGAAUUAAAUUGGGAUUUGGCAGAUCGCCGUAUCGCUAAUAUGCUAUACGAUCAAAGCACGCCUUAUUCGCUUCAUUAUGGCAUGUUCUUGCCCACUUUGGAAGGUCAAUGUAACGAAGAGCAACGCAAACUGUUUUUGGAACCCGCAUUACGUCAUGAAAUCAUUGGUUGCUAUGCACAGACCGAGCUUGGACACGGUAGCAAUGUGCAAGGAUUGGAAACACUCGCCACGUAUAUCCCAGAAACCAAUGAAUUUGAGAUUCAUUCACCCCACCUGACUUCAUCCAAAUGGUGGAUUGGUGGUUUGGGCAAGACCGCCAACUAUGCUGUUGUCAUGGCUCGCUUGAUUAUUCAUAACAAGGAUUAUGGACCACAUCCUUUCUGUGUGCAGAUCCGUAGCCUUGAGGACCAUCGCCCUUUGCCUGGCAUUACCGUGGGUGACAUUGGUCCCAAGUUCGGAUACGCCACAACAGAUAAUGGCUUCCUUCUCUUUGACCAUUAUCGAGUGCCCCAUGUAUCGUUUUUGGCAAAGUUCUCCCAAGUUAAACCUGGCAGUGGCGAGUAUGUCAAGCCACCCAAUGCGCGUCUCUCCUACGGUACCAUGGUCUAUGUCCGUGCCAACAUUGUGAAUGGAAGCCGAUUUGCUCUUGCGCGUGGUGCAACGGUUGCUGUUCGAUACUGCUCCGUGCGUCGACAGUUCGUGGAUGCUGCCGAGCCACGCAAGUGGAACAACCAAGUCGUCGAGACGCCUGUCAUUGAUUAUACCAUGGUCCAGUAUCGUCUGCUCACAAUUGUUGCCAGUAUUUAUGCACUGCAUUUUACGGGUCGCGAAAUGUUUCGAUUGUACGACUUGAAUCAUGCUGCAAUGAAGGAGGGCAAUUACAGUCUGUUGGCCGAUGUCCAUGCUAGCUCGUCUGGUUUGAAGAGUCUUACUACGACAAUGGCUGUAGAUGGCUUAGAGCAGUGCCGUCGUGCUUGUGGUGGUCAUGGUUACAGUUUGUUCUCUGGCUUGGGUCAAUUCUAUCAAGAUUACCUUCCCAAUGUUACUUUUGAAGGUGAUAACUAUGUCCUCACACAACAAACCGCCCGCUAUCUUUUGAAGACCUUCCGCAACGUGAUUGCUGGCAAAGCCAAGCCUUCCGAGCAUAACCUCACCAUCACCUACUUGACUCAAUAUAUGCAGAACCCCAAGGCUACGUGUCCAGCAUCUUCUGGCGCCGAGCUCUUGAACCCCGAGAUCCUCUUGAGCGCAUUCGGAUUCCGCGCCGCGUUUGCUAUUGCCCAAGUGGCCGAAGACAUUGACCGCAACGGCCGCACAUGGAACUCCAUGCUGGUUGAAAUUAAUCGUAUCUCCAAGGCUCACUGUCAGUACAUGAUUGUCCGCAACUUCUUUAUCGGACUACAGCAAGCUACGGAUAAGGAGCUCGGUGUUGCUGAGCGCAAGGUUUUGCAAGCGCUGGCCUGCUUGUUCGCUUUGCACACCAUUGAGACAGAAAUGUCCGAGUUCAUGAUGUCAGGAUAUUUGUCGCCCGAGCAAGGCAAGAUGGUCAGGGAUCAAGUGCUCGAGUUACUUGCUCGUGUUCGUCCCGAUGCUGUGCCUUUGGUGGACGCCUUUGCAUUGCCUGAUUAUUACCUUGCUUCGGCGCUGGGUCGCUCUGAUGGAAAGGUUUAUGAAUCGAUUACAGAGAUGGCAGAAAGAGAACCACUCAACCACACCUUGGUCGUAGAUAGCUACGACAAGUACAUCAAGCCUUUCGUGCAUGCUGGUUUGGAAAGGAAAAAGAACGAAUCUAAGCUUUAA